AUGGCACUGAAGAUUAAUGAUGAGACCAGUAGGUCUACUUCAGCAUGUUCCUUAUCUAGAGCCUCUGCAUGUACAAAUCGCAUCAUUCCAUCAUCUUCUACCACAUCCAGUUCAGCACAGCUCUUCAAUAACGUGCCAGGGAAGUUACAAAACGAAUAUUCAUCUCCAAGUAUUGAAUUUUUAAGAGUCAACCCACCAACAACUUGCUUCGAUGAUCUAUCUAAAAGACUUCCUACCGGUCCCGUUUCUACUGAAAAUCAUAACCUAGCACCUGCAAGAAGUAUCGUGUCCAGAUGGUCUAAGAUUGAUGGUUCUUGUACCCAGUCUUUGAGUCCAGCUCAACAUAUUAACGCCACAGCCGAAUCCCCUUUAUGCUCUCCUUUCGGAACAAAACCCAAAGUCGCUUCACCUGGUUCAAACUUGUAUAGGAUUCAGGGACCAUCUGUUCGUCAGAUUACACCUACAAAAUUACCAAAUUACGACUCCGAUGACUUCGGAAAUGAGUACGAGAGUGACUUUGACGACAGCGAUAACGACCCGAACUGGCAUCCAGAGAAAAAGCGAAGACUACUCGUUUUCAGUUCCGAUGAUGGUGUUGAACCAUUGCCAGAUGAUGACGACGAUGACAUAUCUUUGCCUAACACACCAACCAAUGCCGACGUACAGGUCACAAACCCAGAUUCACCUAACACACCACGAUUAACUGAUGGCAAAUCUAAACGAUCAAGGCGUGGUAAACGAAUUCCUUUACAAUGGGAUAGAAAUGUAAACCAAAUUCUUCGCAUGAAAGGAAAAUCUUACCGGGGUGUAAAACGUUCUGAAGACGGAAGAUAUUGUCAAGCGGCAGUUAAGCGUGAACGAAAACUUAAGGAAAGAAAAUGUUCUAAAGCGUGUGCCCUAUCCAAAAGGUGUGGAGAAUUUAGCGAAGAAGAUAGAUUGUCAAUUUUGAAUCGUUUCUGGGGUGAGCUAACUUGGAAACAGAAAAAAGUCUUCGUGGCAAAUAUGGUGGAUCAGGUGAAGAUGGUUGAAAGAAAGAAACGCGCAGAAGAUAGUAGAAAGAAGAAUUCUUAUCGCUAUCAUUUGAAGAAAAAUGAUGCACGCACUGUGGUUUGUCGUAAUAUGUUUCUAUCAACACUCGAUCUUCAAGAUAAAACUGUGUAUGAAUGGGUGAAAAAUGAUGAUGAUGGUAUUCCAAAAGAACCAGCCAUAAGGAAACCCCGAGAAUCGACAAUACAGGUUAAUAAAGUCAACAAAGCGAAACAGUUUUUACAGGAUCUACCUAAAUUACCAUCGCAUUAUUGUCGUUCUACGUCUAAGAAGAGUAAACUAGAACCAAUAUUUACCACCUUCUCUGAGCUGUUCAAAGUGUAUGUUGAUGAUUGCAAGCAAGAAAACAAGCCAUUUUUACGUCGAAAGGCGUUCCGUUCCCUAUUUGAUGAUAUGAGUCUGGCAAUACAUCGUCCCAAAAAAGAUAAGUGCGAUAUAUGUUCUGGUUUUGAAGUGGGUAACAUUUCAGAAGAGGAAUACAACCUUCAUAUUGCCCGCAAAAUAGAUGCCCGAAAUGAGAAGAUUCGUGAUAAGCUUCGGGCUGAAACUGAUGGCUCAGUUAAAGUCGUUUCUUUAGAUUUGCAGUCCCUCCUGUUAUGCCCAUUACUUACUGCUAGCUCGAUGUAUUACAAAACCAAAUUGGGGUGCCAUAAUUACACAAUUUUUGAUUUGGUAACUAAGGAAGCAAUGAAUUACUUUUGGCAUGAAGGUAUUGGUGAUUUGAAUGGUAAAGCGCAAGCUCUUGGAUCUGUGGCAAAAGCAGGAGUAAAUAUAAGCGAUGCAGUGAAAAAAUCUGACGAACUUAAAGAACUGCAGCUAAUAAGAGAACUAAGAAACAAGAGACUAGAACGACAAGCCCUAGAAAAACAAGGAAAAGGGUUUAAAAUCAUUGGAUAA